AUGGUGGAAUCAGGUGAUGUGAAGGCUGUUUUCACUGGACAUGAUCAUUUGAAUGAUUUUUGUGGAGAGUUGAAAGGAAUUAAUCUUUGUUAUGCUGGAGGGUUUGGGUACCAUGCUUAUGGGAAGGCGGGGUGGUCAAGAAGGUCAAGGGUGGUGGUUGUGUCUUUGGAGAAAGAGUCAAGUGGGAAUUGGGGGGCAGUUAAGUCAAUUAGAACAUGGAAGAGGCUUGAUGAUGAAAAGUUAACCACCAUUGAUGAUCAGAUACUUUGGAGCAACAAUUCAUCCAUCUGGGGAUCGUAA